GGCGGGUCGUAUGGCGAUCUAUUCUCUAUGCAGUGCACUUUCAUAUGUACAAUCUCCUUGAAAGUUUUCAUAAGUGAAUGUGAUUCUCAAUAUAUGUUUCCGAAUGGCAGAGUCAUACCCUUUCACCUGUACUGUAUAUUUAUAUAUAUAUAUAUAUAUAUAUCAGCUCGUGUGUUGAAGUACACACAACAAGUAUCCAUAUAAUAGUGAAUAGAAAGAACGAAGUUUUCUUUGCAGACCCAUAUUCGACGUGGUAACGUGCAAAUAGCUUUCGAUAGUGACGUGAUCACUCGCAUACCAACUAUUCUUCCAACAUACAGCAGCACCAUGUUAGUCCCAGAAACCCCAGCUAAGCAGACUACAGAAUGUGCAGGCACAGACGAACCACAAGCGAAAUCUUCUGAUCGAUACACUGACUCGAACUGUGGUAAAAGGAGUUCAAUGUAUGAAAAGAAUUCGACGAACACAACCGAAGGCUCUGUGCCCGAGCCUGGGGUUAGUAUAGCAUACAGUACGAACGAUGUGCUGGGCGUGGAUCACCCAGCCGUAGAGCAGAGCUUAUCGCAUGGGAGUGCCACAACUAUAUCCAGUUAUGCAGAUGUCUUCUUUCCGGUGCAAAGGAACCCCGUCUCUGAGACAACAACUGCACCAACUGACAGUAAAAUCUCUUCUAUAGCAAAUACAGAUCUUUAUGAGAAGGACGUGGAUUCCAAGAAUAUGGGAGCGGUUGAGAAGAAUACACAUACAAAUAUUAGUAGUGUAAAAAAAUCUCGCUCAAGCUUAUCGCAAGGUUCUAGUUUUAGUAAACCUGGACAGCAGCCCCAGCAGUAUCAACAACUGCAGCAUCACUCAUUCAAAACCCUGCUGGAAACGUCGAGGUCGAUUUCGCAACCACAGGCACACAGUGUGCACACACCGCCGUUCACAUACACUAACCCACCUGUACAUGCCCCAUCAUUGAAGCUCGGAAGUCCAGCUCAUACUGCUAAUAAUAAGAACGGCCCAGUAUCAGCGCCUAUAAUAAGUGAAUUAACAAAUAGUGCGGUAUCGCGCAUAUCAUCGGAAAAACACAACACCAAAGGCUCUAUACAUACGGGUGUGAAGCGUAUGGCGAGUUCUAGAUCGUUGUCCAAGAUGUUCUCUACAUCCUCGCUCACUGUGCUGCAUGAGAACGCAGCACGAACAGCAAAUAUAUAUGAAGAAGCCCGACCGGGCUCCCACACACCACCUUCGCCAAGGAGGGGCAGUUUAACCGUUAUGAGCCCUCUAAUGUUGACGCGCAAAAAUAGUCUCGAAGUGCACGGAAGUCCCUCGACUCUGCAACGGCGUAAUUCAUUAGAAGUACCGUUGGAUCGACGAAUGAGUGUUGAAUUCAGGCCGACAGAUAUGGACAAAAGAGUGGAACGAACGAGUUUAUGUGGGGAUGAUCUCUUCGCGUCUAUGGGCGACGAUCACAGCCAUAUUCGUCGCACUUCCUCACCGAGUCUGGUGUUGGAUCAUAACCUAGCCAGUACGAGUGCCCCCACACUCCCCCCUGUGAGCAAUAGUAACAUUAUGAGCAUGGAUCUCAAGACUGUAGGUGCCAUACGAGACCGGCGAAGCAGCUUGAGUAUGUCAUCGAGAGAUUCACUGACCAGCGUGGGUAGUGCAAGCUCCUUAGCGUAUACUGAACAUACAAGCGCCUCCCCGAGAGAACCGCGGUUGCCGGCUGCAAGUUACAAGCGGACACACAGUGACAGUGAGAGCUCGGUCACAGGUCAUGUGCAUAAAAAACGUCACCUGUCUACAAAUGGGGCGGGUGCGCAUCUGGCUGGGCUAGCCAAUACCAGUACAAGGCCUGAGAAGCUGAUAGUUACCUACAAUGACGAGGAAAGCGGUGCUACCGUGACCAAGGAUGUGGAAGAAGAUGUGGAAGAUAUAGUACUGCCCUGUCCCAAACGGUCGAGUUCGAUUGUCAGCGAGCAUGGGGAGAGGCCGUUGCGCAAGUUCUCAAUAGGCCCAUCGCCUACUCGAGUACACACAGACUCUAUGUCGACCAUUCUGUCGAAAGAUGAUGAUAGCGAGAAAAAGGAGUCGGGAGGAAAUAAGAAAAGCACAGUCACGAUGUUAUAAAUUCGAUUGAUCUUAUUAAUGGUUGUGGAUUAGAGUGUGUAUUCCAUUUACAUGCAAACAAUAGAAUAUGCUUCUUUUCUGUUGCUGAAAUCUAUAUACGCAUACAUACUUCAAUGUAUGUAUGCAUAUAUAUAUAUAUGUAUGUAGCUGACGUGUAUGUAUAUACAUACUUGAAUGUAGACACGCACAUUGAAUAUUUA